CUCUGGAUGGGUUAUAUCUGCUAGCAACGUUGUUCUUAGUCGUUUUGUGUUACAGCUACGCGUUUGGAAAUCAGAGAAUGUCUUGGAAACUGGUGACGGUGGAGGCUAAAGCCAAGCACACUGCUACAGUUGUUUUCCUUCAUGGUCUAGGAGAUACAGGACAUGGCUGGAGCUCAAAUUUGGAGGCCAUUCUUGAUCCACAUGUCAAACUUAUCUGUCCUACAGCCAACAACAUGCCUGUUUCCAUCAACUUUGGAAUGAGAAUGCCAUCAUGGUUUGAUAUUUUUGGAUUGUCAGACGAUGCAAAGGAAGAUACUGCUGGAGUCCACAGAGCAGCAAAAGAGUUGCAAGCAUUGAUUGAAAAUGAAGUUAAAAGUGGCAUUCCAAGCAGCAGAAUUAUAUUAGGUGGGUUUUCCCAAGGUGGAGCCCUUUCUCUUUACACAGCUCUAACAAUGGACCUGCCACUCAGUGGAGUGCUGGCACUGAGUUCAUGGCUUCCUCUCCAUAAGGAGCUGCCAGGAGCAGUGAAAGGAAACCAACAUGUUCCAAUGCUGCAGUGCCAUGGUGAUGCUGAUUUUGUUGUCCCAUUUAUGUGGGGGCAAAAGACGGCCGAGUUUCUCUCAGCAAUGAAUCCCAAUCAUAAGUUCAAGACAUAUCGCGGUCUUCAACAUUCGUCAAGCCCUGAGGAAUUGGAAGAGGUUCGAGCAUUCAUCAAGCAGCAUCUUCCUUCGGACAGCAAAUGACUAGAUGUAGAAAGCAAACUCUGACUUGCUUGACUUUGUGCUUUUAUUGUAAUAUUAAUUAAAUAAAGUAACAAUCACUGCACA